AUGAUCUGGUUUACCCCUUCUUAUCAGGCUAUUGUCGAUGAUAAGCGUAAACGGCGAGCAGAGGCACUCUCAGUCGCCUCAGCGUUUUCAACUGACGCGCACGGCCACUACGUCCGGGCAACGGCUUCUGAGAUCACGCAAAACAUCCGGAAGGGUGAAUGGACCGCGACGCAAGUUGUCGAGGCAUUUAUUGCGAAAGCAGGACAGGCUCAGGAAGCCACCAACUGCGUAACUGAAGUCCUCUUUGCCCAAGCUAUGCGACGCGCUGCAGAACUUGAUAAGGAAUUUGCGGAUACAGGGGCAUUGCGGGGCCCUCUGCACGGAGUCCCCGUCUCCAUCAAGGAUCAGUGUAAGUUGAUUGAAGGCGUUGAUGCAACUAUUGGGUUCACCCCAUGGGCGAAUUCCCCGGCCACUAAGAACGCGAAGCUCGUGGAGCACCUCCUCGAGGCCGGUGCUAUCCCCAUCGUCAAAACAAAUGUCCCACAAACUAUGUUUGCAUUCGAGUGUAGCAAUCCUCUCUGGGGAACCACAACCAAUCCGUACAACGACAAGUAUACAUGUGGUGGCAGCUCAGGUGGCGAAGGCGCACUGCUUGCUCUAGAUGGCUCUGUCAUUGGCCUUGGUAGUGACAUUGGUGGCAGUCUUCGCAUCCCCGCUGCAUAUUGCGGGAUCUAUUCGCUGAAACCCGGGUAUGGUCGUCUCACUCGUCAAGGUGUCAAAGGUUGUGUUCCUGGAUUCGAAGGGAUCAACAGUGUGGUGGGACCGAUGGCGCGAUCUGUGGAUGACCUUGAAGUAGCUUGCCGCGUGACCUUCGGCCAUCAAGGAACGUAUUGCGAUACAGCACCCCUCCCCUAUCGUGAAAUCAAUCUCCCUUCAAAGCUCAAGUUCGGUUACUAUACUUCCGAUGGUUAUGUCAAGGCCUCACCUGCUUGCAAGCGUGCCGUCCUGGAGACUGUGGAAGCCCUGCGCAAAGAGGGGCACGAAUGCGUUGAAGUCGCGCUCCCCAGCGCAUCGGAGGCUUUCAAUAUCUUCGUGUCUCUUACUUCCUCUGACGGAUUCAAAACCAUGCUGUCUCAUUUAGGAUCGGAUCCACGUGACCCGAGCUUGUACAUGACCUCCGCGUCCAACUUGCCGUGGUUCGUCCGCUCGUUCGCCGCAUGGGUGAUCGAAACCUUCUUCGGGGACACCAUGUAUGCAAACGGCAUUAGAAGUGCGCGCGUUAAGACUGUCACGGAAUACUGGCAUUUUACGGCCAAGCGGGAUGAAUUCAUCCGCAAAUUCUACGACGAGGUUUGGAUCAAGUACGGAUUGGACGGCAUAAUUGCCCCAUCCCAGGCACUACCUCAGCUUCGCCAUGGGGGUUGCAUGACAUUAUCCUCUUUGGCUGGAGCGACGAUUCUAUACAACGUAGUCGACAGCCCGGUGGGGUGUAUCCCCGUCACACGAGUUGAUCCUGAUGUCGAUCAGCUUACCGACGAAUGGGUUCACGGUCCCGGACUCGGAACGAAGAUCAUCGAGAAUCAGCUUUACAAGGGCAAGAAUCCGUUCUACGAUCCUGUGGCUAUGAAAGGUAUGCCGGUAGGAAUCCAAGUCGUCGGGAAGAAGUGGGAAGAAGAGAAAGUCCUGAAGAUGAUGAAAAUCGUUGACAACGCUCUGGGCGAGAAACGAGGGUUUGGGCCAGGUGCUGCUGCGAGUAUUAAGGCGUAA